CUCGAACUCUACAGGAAAUAGUUCGUUUUUGUGUCCCGCAAAGUUGUAAAUAUCGGUUGUUUUCACUAAUAGUCGAUCUGUAAAACUUAGUAUUUAUUCUGCUACUGCAAGACAAAGACAGAAGUAUAUGGGCUAAAUAACUGGUAAUUAUUAAGUGUAUCUUUGCUACAGUUGGCACAAGUCAAACUCUCCCGCUAAUUAUUUGACGUGUGGGAAACUUGGAAAAAUGGCGGAUGAAGUUGAUCAGCAACAGACAACCAACACUGUGGAGGAGCCACUCGACCUUAUCCGACUCAGUUUGGAUGAGCGAAUCUACGUCAAGAUGAGGAAUGACAGAGAGCUCAGGGGCAGAUUACAUGCAUAUGACCAGCAUCUAAAUAUGAUCCUGGGAGAUGUGGAGGAAACGGUGACCACUGUGGAGAUUGAUGAGGAGACUUAUGAAGAGAUUUAUAAGUCCACGAAGAGAAACAUUCCAAUGCUAUUUGUUCGGGGAGAUGGUGUUGUCCUUGUGGCCCCUCCACUGAGGGUUGGCUAGUUUCUGGUGCUCUUGCUGAGAGUAUACUUGACUUUACGCCUUUUGAAUCAAGAGGCAUUUUGCUUUGGACUGUAACUUAACUGAAGGGGAUUGCAAAACAUUUUGUUAUAUGGUGUUUUCGAUGUGUUUGACAAACCACAUUUUAAGACAUGAGCAGAGAAAAAACUAGGUUUACUGUAAAAUCUUCCUUUAGGAAUUGUUGUAAGCGUUUCAGUUAGUCAGUUAUUUGACGUUUUCAUGUGAUUGUUUUAUUCCAUUUUAUUUUAUAAUUCUUGGAAUUGUGGAGAACAGCAACAUCCCCCAGUCACAAUAAAGGAAAAAAGUAAAACCAGAAAAAAGUUGUGAAUUAUUCUGUCGGACAGUAGUAUUCCCAGAAAUACUGUACAUUUAUCACUGUAAAAGGUUUAUUGAAACCCCAUUCCCCCACCCCCCUUUACGUUGUCAAUAUUAAGGAUGUGCUAUGUUUGUAUUUAUUUUUACUUUAAAAGAUGUGUCAUGUCCAA